UGCGCGUUCUCUCUGGGGCCAUCUGGAGAGUAGGAGCUAGCGGGCUGGGGCUGGAGGAGGCCGAUCGUGCUCCGCCCCGGUGAAAAGGCGGCGACGGUACUGGGUGGGGCCGAGGUCCAGGGCUGGCCGCCGGUCUGCGGUGGGGCCUGCGAACCGCUGCCGAGCUGUGAGCUGCUCAGGCGGGGCGGGGCCGGCCCCCCAGAGUCCGCGCGCGCCCGCUGAGCUGCCGGCUCCCGCGGCUGCGCUGCUCGCCCGCAGGGACGUCGCUCCAGUGUCUCCAGCAUGAACGAGCUGAGGCUUAGGGCGGUCCGCGAGCCGGACGCGCCGCCGGAGUACAAGGAGUCAGAGCCAGAUAUAAAGGUAGAUGGAGAGACUGCAUCGGACAGUGAGAGCCGAGCGGAAGCUGCUCCCCUUGUAACCUCUGCGGAUGAUACCCCAGAGGUCCUCAACAGGGCCCUUUCCAACUUGUCUUCAAGAUGGAAGAACUGGUGGGUGAGAGGCAUCCUGACUUUGGCUAUGAUUGCGUUUUUCUUCGUCAUCAUUUACCUGGGACCAAUGGUUUUAAUGAUAAUUGUGAUGUGUGUUCAGAUAAAGUGUUUCCACGAGAUUAUCACUAUUGGCUACAAUGUCUACCACUCCUAUGACCUGCCCUGGUUCAGGACCCUCAGCUGGUACUUUCUACUGUGUGUAAAUUACUUCUUCUAUGGCGAAACCGUGACGGAUUACUUCUUCACUCUGGUCCAGAGAGAAGAGCCUUUGCGGAUUCUCAGCAAAUACCACCGAUUCAUUUCCUUCACUCUCUACUUGAUAGGAUUCUGCAUGUUUGUACUGAGUCUGGUCAAGAAGCAUUAUCGCCUGCAGUUCUACAUGUUUGGCUGGACCCAUGUAACUUUACUGAUUGUUGUAACCCAGUCGCAUCUCAUUAUCCACAACCUGUUUGAAGGAAUGAUCUGGUUCAUUGUCCCCAUUUCUUGUGUGAUCUGUAAUGACAUCAUGGCCUAUAUGUUUGGAUUCUUCUUUGGUCGGACCCCACUCAUCAAGCUGUCCCCAAAGAAGACCUGGGAAGGCUUCAUCGGGGGCUUCUUUGCUACCGUGUUGUUUGGCCUUCUGCUGUCCUACGUGAUGUCUGGGUACAGAUGCUUUGUCUGCCCCGUGGAGUACAACAAUGACACCAACAGCUUCACCGUGGACUGUGAGCCCUCGGACCUGUUUCGCCUGCAUGAGUACAACCUUCCUGAGGUGAUCCAGUCGGCCAUUGGCUGGAAAAUCGUCCGGAUGUACCCCUUCCAGAUUCACAGCAUUGCCCUGUCCACCUUUGCCUCGCUCAUCGGCCCCUUUGGAGGGUUCUUCGCAAGUGGAUUCAAACGAGCCUUUAAAAUCAAAGAUUUUGCCAACACCAUUCCUGGCCACGGAGGCAUCAUGGAUCGCUUUGACUGUCAGUAUCUGAUGGCCACCUUUGUCAACGUGUACAUCGCCAGUUUUAUCAGGGGCCCGAACCCAAGCAAGCUGAUUCAGCAGUUCAUGACCUUGAGGCCAGAUCAGCAGCUCCACAUCUUCAACACGCUCAAGUCUCACCUGACCGACAAGGAGAUGCUGAUAGAUGCCCCGGAGGACUAGCAGGGGCUACCCAGGGCCGGGAGAGCCCAAGCAGGACCGAGUGAGGGGCAGCGCUCCAAGGCAAGCCCCGCUGGCGUGACUUAGACAAUGACAGGCUUCAGUUCAACUCACUGUCUCUCUCUCUCUCUUUUUUUUUUUUGUAGAGUGUUUUGUAUCUGUGGGUUUUUUAAAAAUUUGUACAUACAGUCUAUGUGCUUACGAUUUGGGUUGUGAGUAAACUACAGCUUAGAGUUGGAAUGAAGUCAUGGAGUAAAAAUUUGGGUUUCUUAAAUGUUUUGAAAGCCAGGAAGACAAUGUUGCCCAGCUCAGGUGUGGCUGCUUGGCGCUUCUAGCUCCCAUCAGCUGAAUGUUUCUGGGCUCAAUCAGAGAGAGUGGCCGUUCAUCUGUGUCCAACCAGUUCAGGGCCCCCCAUAUUUGUCUUUGUGCUCUCCCUCCCCGCCAGCAGGGAAGAGCUGCACGGCUUGGAUGCCUUUGCCGCUGGAGAGCUUUCACCCAAGCUGCUCUGGGACCCCUGCCGAAGAGCUCCGGGGGGGGUUGCCUUCUCCAGGCUGGAGGGACAAAGGCUUACGGAUCAGAUAGGCGUUCUGUCCACAUGAAAUCCUGUGAAACAUGAGCUCUGCUUUAUGGUAUGGGUUCACCUUAUUUCAUCACAGAGGGAAAGAAGCUUUCAGGGUUUUUUGCUUCAGAAAGCACAAGACAUUAUUUAAAAUAGUCUGGAAAAGCAAAACACCACACUGUAAUAUUUCAAGUGUAUGCAGUAGAAUGUACUGUAACCGAGCCCUUUCCCACCUGUUUAGGCUCAGAUGGCUCCUAUAGGUCAGCCCAGCUACCUGUGUCUUUUCAGGGACAAUGGCGUUCGUGUUUGUGCUGUAGGCUGGUUGCCGCUGAAUGCUUUCUGGGGGCUUUCCCAUUAGGCAGGGAGCAGAGGGCUUCUUGUACGUGCACCCUUUGCCUGACCAACCACCCAUGUAGCUGCUGUGUUGUAUAUAUAUAACUCUUAAGGCAAGUGUGUAUUGUGUAUGUGUUUUAAAAAUCACUUAUUUCGUAUAGUGAUUUCACUUGUACCAUGACUUCUUCACUGAAACCACAAAGUCCUGCUUAAAACCCUGGAAAAUCCAACCCAGUUAGCGGUUUGACCAUUCUGAAGAUGAAAUGCACACUUUUUAUAUAAUGUGACCAGUUAAAUGUAGUUUGUGUUUCACUGGGGGACCUUUUUUUUAAAAAACAAAACAAAAACCAAAAACUGUGAUACUUCCCCCCGCCCCCCCCCUUCCUAAUUAUAGGCGUGAGGUAGACUUUGGGAAGAGUGUACAGGAGAGAGCUUGGUGCCCAAAUGUGUUCAGCUUUUCUGUGCCACGGUUGUUCUCAUUGCCAAAUGAGGGUGUGAUGGCUUGCUUCGUCACCUUGGUCUGGUGCUGGUGUGUUUUGUUUCUGUUAAAACUAGGCUUCCUGGCUCCCCGAAAGCUCACACUGUCCAGAUCACUGAAGCGUCCAGCGCAGGGCAGACUCCGCUCAACGUUUCCGCUCACAGUCACUGCAUGGCCUUCCCCAAGCACGCAGCAUGGAAACAGCUUCUUUCUUCUGAAUUUUACUUCCAUUUUAGCCCAUGGCUUUUCUUUUUCAGGUUCAAGUCCCCCUUCACAACAAAAUGUGGUCUUUUUGCAUGGGGUUUCAGUCCUGGCUGUGUGACCCUAGGCAGGAUGCAUCACUCUCUGGGUCCUUGUUUUCUGAGCUGUCUUCUAAUUCUAGUAUUCCACGAUUCUGGCUGAGCAAGUUCAUGUCACCAGAGGCUGCUGUGGGUAUUGAGCCAUGUCCUGGGCACCGAAAAGCAAGUGCUUUCAGGCCUUUUCUAAAUGCUUGUCCUUAGGAUGAGGCAGUCUAUCAGCAACAAAUUAAACAAUGGACGUGAUUAAUAAUGAGUCUGUUUUCUCACUGAUGAGUGAACUUGGUUUCCCAAACCAGAGACAGAGGGCACCUCAUUUGUCUCAUGUCGCCCCAUUGUGGGCAUGUGGUAUAGGUCCUUGGUUGCAGGGAGUGUGAGCUGGGACCCAGCAGCAGAGAGCCACUCUUUAGGGCUGCCUUUGGGAUCAGGGUGCCUGGCACAGUCCUUUGUGGAAGUGGUUGCUGAUGGGGCACCCCGGGGUUUUGGGGUUCUGGGGAGCUGAAGCUCGAUGCUCACCAGAGCCGCCAGCAAGAAGGCCAGAGGGUCAGCGUGGGUUUUACUUUCUCCGAUUUCCCCCGUUCUUUCUGGUGAACAACGGGAUUUCCUAGUGGGGUAGUCAGGAGAGCAAUGCCACCUUGUAUCUACUUCGCACAAUGUUUUUCUUCCAUUUAUUGAAGAUACUUCACUUUUCAGGUGAGAUUCAAGAGAGCAUUUUAACAUAUACCUGUGCAGAUCUUCGUGGCAUAACUUGGUUCAGACCCAUUUUGUGUGUGUGUGAGAAAUAAAAUGUGACUGAAACUGUGUGCCCUCCCUUGUUGUGAAUUCUGUUUCUCACUUGCACGCAAGGCUUUCUGUUUCCCACUUGUUUUUAUACUCCUGAAUAUUGUACCGUCCUGACUUUUUGUUACAGCCCUCCGAGGUAUCUCUAGUGAGAGUCAUGAGCAGCUUGCUGGUGAGGCAGUUGAGGGCCAGAGAGGGAGGGAGCUUCCCCAGGGCCAUGGGGCAAAGUCGAGACGCCAUCUUGCUGUCCGCCCACCCGGGCAAGGACUAAAUCGUCUCUGCCCCACCUGCCUUGGCAAAAGUGGCAUGACUGCACCUGAAAUUUUGCAGCAUUCCUUCCCUCAAGCAUAGGAGGCCUGACCUGCACACCAGGUUGGAUCUUGCUGUUAGCUCAUAACUAGUGACAUAAAGGAGCUGAUGAACCAGGGUGUUACAGAAACCAGGGAGUGUCUGCAGAGGGCUGAGCCUGGGCAUCCUCCCUGGUGAGUUCUGCUUGUCACUGCUCACAGGCCUGAAUCUUUCCCCUUUGUGUGUGCAUGCCACCCCCUUAACCGCUCUCAGCAUCAUCAAAGUACAGACUUACCUUUUACUCCCGGGAGUAAACCCCUCUGAGGCAGCCUGGACCUUAUUUGUGUUUAUUAGUUUUGGCCUGUUUCAUGUUCUGAGCAUUUUAGUAGCUGUAGUAUAACUAUAUUUAAAACAUAUUGACUCUUAGUGUUGUACAGUUCUGUAAUAUAGAUUUGAAACUAGUGUCUCAGAAGGGUUGAAAUGGAACUUUUAACAUUACACAGAUGAAAUUUCUUUUUGUUUUUUAAUGGUAUUUAUCUUUUCCCACUGGGUUUCUUAUCCUAUCAGCUGAUUUAUAUUCUACAAGAAUAUUCCAGAAAUAUAUUUUAAGGGAGACUAAGCAGAUUCUGUGAUUUGAGUCUAAGCUAGCUGCUGAGUUGGCUGGAGGCUGAUUUGAAAUGGAUUCUUAAGUUUAGAUAUUCAGACUGCUAGUGAGUCCCCAGCAGGCUCAGGGGCAUCCUGGAUGUUGACAGGGAUGGGACGAGGGAAGGAUAUGAAUGACUCAGGGCAAAGAGUGUCGCUGCUCAGAAAACUACAGCAGUGGCCUUGUUCCCUAAGAAGCCCACCCAAGGUCACUUUCCAUGGGAGUCGAUUUUCAUUACUAACUGUGAUAUGUCAUUGCUGAAACUUCUUCCUGUGUUGCUGACAUUUUAAGUACCUUGCCUUUUGUUGUUUGGAGUAACUCACAUCUGUGCCCAUCUUGUGAUUAUGUGCUGAGAAAAGGUUGGAGUGGGAAGGGCAAUUUCUCUUAGACUCAGGGCCCCUGUUCUUCCAAAGUCAGGGCGGGGAAGAAAAGCUAAGAGGAGGAUGUCCAGGUGACCGCUGUGGACACAUCACCAGACAGUAAACCCUGGGCAGACUCUCACUGUGCUGCCUACAGCGGGGGCUCUGAAAGAGCAGCUGGAGCAAACCAUCAGCUCCUUCAAGAAAGGGGCUGACCUUGGCAGGGCCUCGUAUUCUGUCCGUGUCUUAGUCAAAGCAAGCUUCCUUUUCCCCUGACCACCCUCCACACAGUAGCCCAGCUUCCAUUUUUUAAAGAGAUGGAAAAGCUCCCACUUCCUGGAUUGGUUUCCCUUGUUGGUUGGGGGCCCCGUGGCGUGACCUAGAGAGGGUGUAGGUGUUUGGACCAAGUGGUGAUGAAAACCUAAUGUAAAGGCCUCUUCUAGGCUCGCUUCCUCUUGGUCCUGGACUCUGCUCACCCACAUCCUCUACAGAAGGUGGGUCCCAUUCUCGGUGAGUAGUGGGGUCCCAGCUGCUGACUGCCUGUAUCAUUUGAAAGUGGCUCCAUCUUUCUGUUCCUACCCCUGCCUCAGGUUACUCACCUGGGCUCAAAGGUGGGUAGAAGCUGUUGCUCUUACCUGGGGCUGACUUUUAUUUGAGUAAGUCUUUCAUUUGUUUGUAUGUAGACCAUGUUUUCAAAGGCAAAGGAACCUUAGCUGUGAGGGCAGUUUGGGAGGUAUACUUUGGAUGCUAGAGUGCUGAUGGUUUUAGAACAUGUGGAUGAAUGAUGAGAAUAGAGGGCAGACCAUGUGACAUCUAAGAUUUUUUUAGCCAGUGGGUUUCAAGUCCACUGGCUAUUUGAAAAUCCCUCCCUCUCUCCUACCAUCCUCCACUAAAUGCCUAUCUACUGAGGCUCCUUUCUUUUUUUUCUUGAGCCAAUAAGUUAUCAGCAGUAUGUUUAUUAACAAUAAUUGCAGUAAUAGUAAUAGCGCUUAAUAUGUGCCAGGCACAGUGCUAAGGGUUUACAUACAUUAUCCCUUUGAAUCCAGAAUAUAACCUUUGAUUAGGUAUUAUUAUUCCCAUUUUAUAGAUGAGGGCACGGAGGCACCAUGGCAGGCCAAGUGCUUGGUUAAGAAGGUAGAUGUCGGGCUCAAACAGCCCUAGGUCUGGGCAGGUUACUACAUGCAACUCUGGUCCAAUUGGGUGUGAUAACAGCACCUCCCUUGUGGGAUUGUUGUGAGGAAUUUAUGAGAUAAUGCACGUAAGCAUUUAGCACAGUGCCUGGCACAUAGUAAGUGCUCAAUAAACGGUAGUUAUUUUUGUUGUGCUCAGCUGGUUAUUUGAAGCCAAGUUGGUGUGAUGCCCAAGACUGUGUUCUCAGCCACUACACUGCCACCUGCCCUGCACGCAGCCUGGGUGUUUAAGUUCUGGGAAGCCAUCACACUGCCCUUCUGAGAGAAGCAGUCCAACUUGCACACCCACCUACGGUGCCUGGGUGCUUCACACUUCAUUUAGAAGGCCAGCUUGACAAAAGGAAAGAGUAUGUGAGGAUAUUCUGAAGUUCUCCAUACUUAAUCAGAAUAGUUUGCCUGAGCUGUUGCCCACUUCCUGCUCCCCCUAAUCUGACCCGCCACAGGGAAGGACCCUUUCCUCUUGCCAAGUGGUCCCUCAGCUCUGAGCAGUGAGGGUCUCUCAGUGACUGACUCGGGACCCCAUUUUCCUCUCUGGCCAAAGGCUGUGCUCUGUGCACACAGCUCAGGAGCCGGUGGCAGUGCCCUAUUCACGUGGACAUCUUGGGCCAGGAAGAGCAGGGAAAAGGGAAACCAUCUCUGUAGCAGAUGUCAAUACAGACAAAGCCUAAAAGCUCUGCCCACACCCUUACAACAUAACCUGACAGGGCCUGUGUUUCAUGCUUUCUUCAUAGUAUCAAUGGGAUAGAAGCAGGUGACACUGAGGCUGGAUGAUGUGGGGUGUUUCUGUUGGGUUCUAGGUUAGCAACGGAUCACACAUGAAUGAAGGGAGAACAGGCAGGCACUGGAUGGAGUGAAAAAUAUUUGUUUUUUUCAGAUAGAGAUGGAGUUGAGAGAAAGACAGGGAGGGAGGGAGGGAGAGAGAGAGAGAGACUGAUUGUGUUUGUGUGUAUGGUGGAGAGUUCUUUACUUUGAAGGAAUGGUGUUGACGAGGACCUGUGACAUUCUCAAGGUGAUGGAAUAGUAAGAGCUUAGAACUACUGGCUUGACUUUGGACUGUUUCCUGGGUGUUAGUGGGGAGUGAAGACCAGACCCAAAGGCCGAUUGUGUUUACUGAUCUCUCCUUAUCAGUGAAUGAAGUUAUGAUGAAUCAGGAGACCAUGGCUGUAGAGGUGUUUAGUAAGCGGCUGUCGUGACGGACUCUUCCUGGACUCGUCCUCUCGUGCUUUUGGACUCAUGUGUGUCUGGCCUGACGCUUCCCCACUCCUUGUUGCAUCUAAUGGACCCAGGCAACUUUUUAUCUAUAGAGAAAAAGACUCCCGGCGGGGGACAAGGUAUCCCCAGGUCAUCCGUGCCCCCGCGCUGGUCGAGGCCUAGCUCUUUGCAGCCUCCUGAGGGCUUUCCCUGGAUGUAGUGCUCAGAGGGUUUAGCCAUCUGCUGAUUCUGUCCCAAGUGAAACUGUUUGCUGAUAGCUUCCACAUUACUGUCUGUCCUCAACUACCAAAACACCUAUUUCUUACCUCCAUUCGGUUCAAGUCCCGGGUUUGCUGGCUCUGUGCCAGGGAACACUUGCUUAGAAAGGGAGUUAAGACUAUUUUCUAGCUGCUGCGCCCUUUACCUGAUUGGCGUUUCACCAGAUCCACGUGUCUGUGCCACAGCUGACCUUCCUCUGCACUGUGUGAUCAGUGUUAGGCAAUAUAUGUAGAUUUGUUUUCGCCACAGUGUCAGAACAUGAUGUACUGUAUAUUGGAAAGUAUUUACCUUAUUUAUAUACCCGAAUGUUCCUAUUACACAAAUAAACAUCUAUUAAAUUCUC